UCACCCCUCGUGUCCCUGCAGUCCCUGAAGCGGAUCAAGCGCUCGGACCGCCGUGGGGCUGAGUCGGUGACGGAGGAGAAGUUCACCAUCCUCUUCGAGUCGCAGUUCAGUGUUGGUGGCAACGAGCUGGUCUUCCAGGUGAAGACACUGUCCCUGCCCGUGGUGGUGAUCGUGCACGGGAGCCAGGACAACAACGCCACGGCCACCGUGCUCUGGGACAACGCCUUUGCCGAGCCCGUGAGUGCCAGCGCCAUGGCGGGGCAGGACAGGCCCCAUCUGCCNCAGCUCUGCGAGGCGCUCAACAUGAAGUUCAAGGCGGAGGUGCAGAGCAGCCGCGGGCUGACCAAGGAGAACUUGGUGUUCCUGGCGCAGAAGCUCUUCAACAGCAGCAGCUCUCACCUGGAGGACUACAGCAGCACCACCGUGUCCUGGUCCCAGUUCAACCGGGAAAACCUGCCCGGGAGGAAUUACACCUUCUGGCAGUGGUUCGACGGGGUCAUGGAGGUGCUGAAGAAGCAUCUGAAGCCUCACUGGAAUGACGGGGCCAUCCUGGGCUUCGUCAACAAGCAGCAGGCACACGACCUGCUCAUCAACAAGCCCGACGGGACCUUUUUUUUCAGCGACUCGGAGAUUGGUGGCAUCACCAUCGCCUGGAAGUUCGACUCCU